CUGCUCAACCACAAUGCCAACCCCCUCCUUCUCUAUGUAGCCUGCAGAAACUGAUAGAUUCUCCUCUUUUUCCAUCAUAGCACUGGCAUCUGAAUCCUUCUUCCCUGUGAUCUUUGCAAUGAUUAACCAGCAGUGUAUCCUUUGGUUGUUCUAAUCUGCUGCAUUAAUGUUGCAGUUCAGUGCCCACAGAAGAUUACAGCUUUCUCCCAGCACUGGAGACAAGCUUUGCCCUCCAUUCAGCCUCAUCGAAAGCUCUCCCCUCUUCCUGUGACAUGAAAUGUAAGUUUUCAGGCUGCCUGGAAUCUGUAGAUGGCAGCUGUCUUACUCAGACUAACCUUUUGGAAUCUCAGGAAGCAGUCAGCAGCAUCAGCAGAUUUUACUAUUGCCAGGAGCCGCCAGCAUUCACCCCAUUAACCAGUGGUAAUAAAACACAUCCCAGCAUUGGAGAGGAGACUCCAACAGGAAUCUGAAACGCAUAUGCAACAUAUCAUUGAUAAUCACCCAGACAUGGCUACUGCUCUGCUAGCUGGAGAGAAACUGAGGGAGUUGAUCCUGCCCGGGCCGCAGGACGACAGAGCGGGCUCCCUAGCUGCCCUCUUGGUGCAGCUGAAGCUUGAACUACCCUUUGACCGAGUGGUUACGAUCGGCACCGUUCUCAUUCCCAUACUCUUAGUCACUUUAGUCUUCACAAAGAACUUUGCUGAGGAGCCUAUAUAUUGCUAUACACCCCACAACUUCACCCGUGAUCAAGCCUUGUAUGCGAGAGGAUAUUGCUGGACUGAACUUAAAGAUGCACUUCCGGGAGUGAACGCCAGUCAGUGGUCUUCAUUGUUUGAGCACAAGUUUCUCCCUUAUGCUCUCCUGGCAUUUGCUGGGAUAAUGUACAUUCCUGCCCUCGGCUGGGAGUUCCUUGCCUCAACGAGAUUGACCUCAGAACUGAACUUUCUGCUUCAAGAAAUUGAUAAUUGCUACCAUCGAGCAGCUGAGGGUAGGGCCCCCAAAAUAGAGAAACAAAUUCAAUCCAAGGGACCGGGUAUCACAGAAAGAGAAAAGAGGGAGAUCAUCGAAAACGCGGAGAAAGAGAAAAGCCCUGAGCAGAAUCUUUUUGAAAAGUAUCUUGAAAGAAGGGGACGAAGUAACUUUUUGGCCAAACUAUACUUGGCAAGACAUUUGCUCAUCAUAUUUUUAAGCAUCAUACCCAUUACCUAUUUAAGUAUCUAUUAUGCAACUCAAAAGCAGAAUGAAUUCACCUGUGCUCUGGGGGAGCCCCAUCAUAAAACCAGCAACUCAAAGCACCUUAUAUGGGUGAACUGUAAGCUGCCAUCUGUUCAGCUCCAAAGAAUUAUUGCUUCAGUGGACAUUUUUCUUCUCAGUUUGAUGAACCUGAUCAUCCUCAUCAAUUUAAUCCACCUGUUUAUCGUUCGGAAGUCCAACUUCAUUUUUGACAAGCUCAAUAAGGUUGGCAUAAAAACAAAGAAACAAUGGCAAAAAUCCCAGUUUUGCGAUAUCAAUAUUCUCGCCAUGUUUUGCAAUGAAAACCGUGACCAUAUAAAGUCCCUUAAUCGCCUGGAUUUCAUCACAAACGAAAGUGACUUGAUGUACGACAAUGUGGUUCGCCAAUUGCUUGCAGCGCUGGCCCAGUCUAAUUACGAUACAACACCAACCAUGCGUGAUUCAGGGAUGCAAACGGUAGAUCCCAGCGCUGAUCCGGCAGAUAUAGAUGUCAACGAACAGCUUGUCAUCAAACGUCCUAGGAAGAAAAUGAAAUGGAUACCAAGUAGCAAUCCCUUACCCCAACCCUUUAAGGAACAAAUAGCCAUAAUGAAGAUUGAAAAUAGCAAACCUGACAAGCCUAAACCUAUGAGACGGAAAACUGCAACAGACAGCUUGAUAGCGCCCCUCAUUGAGACUUCAUCCAAAUCCUCUACACAGUCAUUGCCGCAGAAAAUGGAUACAAGCACCAUCACUAUUGACAACGGCGAUAAAAAACAUGCUAGGCACUUCUCGUUGGAUGUCCACCCAUACGUUCUAAGCAAUAAAAAAAACAAAUCAGAAGCACGGGACAAUGCUCCUAUUGCCACAUCGGAAAGCCAAGAAAGCGGUUUCCUGAAUCAAGAAGAUACUGUGAUUGUCCACGUCUCAUCAUCUGUGAAAGAUACCUCAAAACCCAUGAAGGACCUAGAGAAAGAGAAUCACCCGUUAUCUGAAAGCUUUAGAGAUGUUUCUGUCUCGGGAACAUUCUUAACCUGCAGCCACAGUCACAUGUCAGGGUCAACAGUUGCUAGUUCAACUUUAACACUUAGUCAGACAAAGCCUGAACCAAUGACUGUUUUCAAUCGAAAUCCCACACAUCCAUUACUCCACAUUAGCACUUUAUAUGAAGACCUCGAAGAUGGAGUUACUAGUGGGAUGAGAGACAGGGACCACUCUCCUCCUGACCCUGGUGAUGUCAUAACUGUGAUCCCACCAAAAAAAGUAAUACUAGCCCCCUUUGAGGAGUCUAGGUCAAUGAUAAGCUCAGCUGAUUAUUAACAUCUAAUGCUGUGAGACACCACCGUGCUAACCACUGCAUGAGCAUGGAGAAAUUAUCUCUAAAUAUGCUAGCUGAAGCUUGUAUUCACAACUUUGUCAACACAUAAAGAAUUACCUAAUGGAUCAUCAGUUUAGGCCGCUAUGUAAAGCACAAGCUACUUUAGUUUAUAAUAGAUGAAAUCGGCAAAACAAGUAGGGUCGAAAAUACUAAUACACGUUUCAUUGUAGUCAAAUAGUGUUCUUUGAAAGAGCCAUUGAAGUUUCUUCCUAAUUGUUUUUGCUCUCUUGAAAAUGUAACUCAAGUACCAGUUUAACAGAUACGUAAUGGAUACUUUCAUAAAUAUCUAUCUAAAUAUAUGUUAUCGGCACACCCAUGAUACACACUUAUAGAACAUUCCUUUUAAUGUUAUGUUAAAAUGUUGAACUUUUCUGGUGACUGUUCA